AUGAACCCCAAGCCCGUGCCCUGCAUCGUCGGCCCCUUCCCCCCGGCGCCUAGGUCGAACCAGCUUACCGGCACGCUGAGCCCCGACUUUGGCGCUGCCUGGCCGCGAAUGGAGGACCUGGACCUGGGCGUCAACGGCUUCGCGGGGCCACUGCCCAAGGAGUGGGCCAAGAUGACCAACCUCAAGAAGCUGAAUAUCAAUAACAACAAGCUCACUGGCACGUUGAGCCCCGACUUUGGCGCCGCCUGGCGGGCGAUUGAGGAGCUGUUGCUGAUUAUCAACGGCUUCACAGGGCCGCUGCCCACGGAGUGGGCCGGAAUGGGCAAGCUCAGGGACCUGAGACUCCAGUCGAACCAGCUCACCGGCACUCUGAGCCCCAACUUUGGCGCCGCCUGGCCGCAAAUGGAGGACCUGGACCUGGGCCGCAACGACUUCACAGGACCGCUGCCCAAGGAGUGGGCCAAGAUGACCAACCUCAAGAUGCUAAUUCUCAAUGCCAACAAGCUCACCGGCACGCUGAGCCCCGACUUGAGAGCGGCGUGGCCGGCGAUGAAGGAGCUGCGCCUGGACACCAACGCCUUCACAGGGCCACUGGCCACGUCCUUGGGCUCCUCUGGGUAG